CCUGAUAGCUCGUCUCUGUCUCUCCUCGGUGCCGCAGUACCACCUAUGUACUAACUCGCUUUUGCUCAGGUAGCACCAACAGCCAGAUGUUACAGAUGUCGUGGGUUCGAGAAAAGGCUUUGAGCCGCCCGGGCAGUUAAUAAACACUGACAAACGAUGCGAAAAGCUCCCAUUACACUGUGUCCAAAGGCAUGUCACAUUUGACCUGUCAGCUAAAGUUAGCUACCGCCUGUUAGCUAGACUGCGGCUGACUGAAUGAUAAAGUUAAGCCGACAGCUAAACACAAAUAACGACACACCCAAUGCUAAGUUAACAAAAAAAGGGUUUAUAUGCCGCAGUAGUUAGAAAACCUUCGACCCCACUUGGCUCACUGUCUCCGUCGUCGUGUGGAGAGGGUUAACAGGGUUAACAGCAGUGACAGCAGCUCGUUUACGAGUCAACAAUGUUGUUACUGUUCAGUGCCGCACGCCUACUCGGAAGAGGGAACACUUUGCUCCGUCAUCCUUUUAAGACGAUUUGCUUAAACAUGUCGUCGUCGUCCUCCUCCUCCACUCCCUCUGGUAAGAGACUGCGGGUUCUUGUUGACAUGGACGGGGUGCUGGCGGACUUCGAGGGAGGGUUCUUGAAGAAGUACCGGGCCCGGUACCCGGACGAGCCCUACAUCACCCUGGAUGACAGGAGAGGGUUCUGGGUGUCGACGCAGUACGGGCAGCUGAGGAGCGACCUGUGUGAGAAAGCCAUCAGUAUCUGGGAGUCCAAGGACUUCUUCAUAGAACUAGAGCCACUGCCAGGAGGAGUGGAGGCGGUCAAGGAGAUGGCCAAGAUGGAUGACACAGAUGUCUUUAUUUGCACCAGCCCUAUAAAACAUUACCAACACUGCCCGUAUGAGAAGUAUGCCUGGGUAGAGAAACAUUUGGGCCAUGACUUUCUGGAGCAGGUCAUCCUGACCAGAGACAAGACGGUGAUCACCGGAGACAUCCUCAUAGACGACAAGCCUGACAUUCUAGGUGUGGAGCCCAAACCGACGUGGGAGCACAUCCUGUUCACAGCCUGCCACAACAAGCACCUCUCCAUCGACCCCUCCCAGAGACGACUUCUGUCCUGGGCGGACGACUGGAGGGCCAUCCUGCAUAGCAAAAGUCAGUGAGGGAACUCCCUCUACCCAUGAGCCCUCAGGCCCCUUCCUGGUUAGCGGAAGAUCAUCACUGCACCGGCGGUGUCAAGGCUGGGAGGGGAAACGCUGACUUGCAGAGGCAACGCAAGAGUUAAUUACCGAAGAUGGACAAAAUAUUGAGAGGUUAACGAUCAGCCAAAUUAACAAUAACACACAGGUUGGAUGUUUCACACACUUGUUGCACUCUGUUAGGAGAGGACAUUCACUUGUUUGACCACAAGGGGGCACCCCGAGACUGAGUGUGAAGUAAACCACCUUUGCACAAAUUUCACUGAAGAAACUGUGACAACAAAACAUUGCAUUGAAAACUGAUAAACGGUCAAGUCUAAAAAGGCAGACCGGAGCGGCUCUGCGUCCGCAUAUUGCAUCUUUUUACCGUGGACAUUUUCUCUUCAAAGUCUAACUAACCACUCAUUUUUCAAGCCACUGGGACUGUUAGCCAUGUUGGGCCAGGAUUAUUAGUAGUUGACAUUAUUGCAUUAAUGAGUCAGUGGCAAAGGGCACUCCACUACACGCUGAAAUAUACAAAAAUGGUCUCAAGUAGUCAGGGGGCACUGGCGAGUAUGUGUAAUACAUAAACAUACUGACUUGGACUUGCAAACACUGUUAUGUUAUAUUACUUUGGGAGAGUUAGGCAGUGCAUAUUGGGUCACUGAGUAGCACUGCCAUAUAUUCAAUUGUACAUAUACAAAGAUGUCUCUGAAGGAUUGUAAAGAGCAGAUAUGGUGCUUUUUUUUUUUUUUUUUUAACAACUUUCAUGUGUUUCACGAUGACCUAUGCAUCUUAACUGAUACUGAAAAAUAAAACUGCACACAUACACAUGCAUGUUGCCAAAACCAUCACUUGGAUGUUAAAUGAGGAAAGGAUAGUUUAUUGGGUGUUGGGUAAGAUUUUAUUUUUAAAAUGAACUGUGAUUUAUAUUGUAAUUUUGAACAAACCAUAUUGUAUUCAUUUCUUUUCACUCUUUGCAACUUGCCUAUUGUAAAUACACUAAAGUAAUAGUACCUCAAAAUGAUCAGUGCCAAUACACAACACUAGCAUCUGUUUAAAGACAUGCUCUUCACCAUAUUUGUGUAAGCAGUGGUCAUGAUCUUACAAUUUCCAAUAAGAUCUGGGUCAUUUGAUAAUUAACUUACACCUCAUCAUUAUUAUAUUUGUUCUUUGUAGCUUGUUUACAUAAGCACACUGCAUCAGAUUUAAAACCAAGCUAAUGGGUUAAAAAAGCUAAGGCACAUUACCUCCACCACACAAUACAAUUCAUCUGGGAUUUAAAAAAAGAUACAUUUUGACAGAAAGAAUAUAUACACUGAAUCCACAUUUUGUGUCCAUGAGUCACAAGAGCCACCAAACUGCAUUUGUCUGUUUCAUCGUAGAACAUAUUUAGAAAGUGCACUCUCACUCAGUUUCCAGUUGCAUUGUUCUGCUUCAUGCUUCAUCCAGUUAAGACACACUGAGUACGUUUGAAUCCACUUUGGCUGUUUCUGGCUGGUCCGCUACUCGUUUGCCUGUUGCUAAUGUGCUUUUUGGGAACAAAGUGGUGGAUGCUGGGUAUAUGUUAUGACUAAUGUACUUAGUGCUGAAGUGUCAUUGUGCCUCGUCUAAAAUGCUUAUAUCUGUCCAAGGGUUAUGUGUCUUGUAUUCCACCACGCUUAAAAAAAGAAUAACAGUAUGACCAAGGUGCUUUUAGUGGUCUUUUAUUUUUUUAGGUGCAAUUCAGGUCGUAUUUGUUCUUACUUUGUUUGCUUAGCUUUUGAGGCCUGCUACGAGAGACAACGCUACAAACGCUGCAAAGCAACAUCCAGCUACAUUGUUGCAGAGUUUCCGUUGAAGUGUUUCUCAAGCGCUCCAUGACGCAUUUGUAAAUAAAUACCACGUGUA